CUACCAGCCAUGAGAGCUGUUGUGCUAGCCUUGACUGUGGCCCUUGUGGCAAGUCAUCAGAUUAACCUGGUUCCAGAAUUUGCUACCGGUAAGACCUAUAUGUACAAGUAUGAGGGUCUGCUCUUGGGUGGUCUGCCUCAGGAGGGUCUGGGCAAGGCUGGUGUCAAAGUCAGCAGCAAGGUUCUUAUCAGUGCUGUGGCCCAAAAUACCUAUCUCAUGAAGCUGUUGGAUCCUCAACUCUUUGAGUACGCUGGCAUCUGGCCCCAGGAUGCUUUUAAUCCUGCUGCUAAACUCACCUCCAUGCUGAAGACUCAGCUUGUGAUUCCCAUUCAGUUUGAGUAUGCUAAUGGUGUGGUGGGUAAGGUAUUUGCCCCCACUGAGGUCUCGCCUACUGUCCUGAAUCUGCACAGAGGUAUCCUGAACAUCUUUCAACUCAACCUUAAAAUGACCCAGAAUGUCUAUGAGCUGCAUGAGGCCGGACCUCAGGGAGUUUGCAAGACCCAUUACUUAAUCAGUGAGGAUGCAAAGACCCACCAAAUUGUUGUGAAAAAGUCUAAAGACCUGACCAACUGCCAUCAGAGGGUCAUAAAGGAUAUUGGCUUAGCUUACGCUGAGACCUGUGUUGAGUGCCAGCAGAGACUUAAGAGUCUGACUGGAACUGCAACGUUCAACUACAUCAUGAAGCCCACUGAUACUGGCGCUAUGGUUUCUGAGGCCACAAUGGAAGAAGUCCAUCAGUUUUCAGCUAUUAAUACAAUCACUGGAGCAGCCCAGAUGAAAGCCAGGCAAACUUUGAACUUGUUGGAGGUGCAGAACAACCCUACUGCUCCAGGUACUGCUAAAUAUUUGGCCCGUGGAUCCUUAAAAUAUGAGUUUGCUACUGAGAUUCAUCAAAACCCCAUUCAGCUUUUGAAGAUCAAUAAUGCUCAAGCACAGAUCAUGGAGGUCUUGCAACAUGUGGUUGAGAACAAUAAAGUCAUGGUUCAUGAUGAUGCCCCAUUAAGAUUCAUCCAGCUCGUCCAGCUCUUGCGUGUUGCUACUUUGGAGCACAUUGAGGCAGUGUGGGCUGCGCACAAGACCAAACCUGUUUACAGGCGCUGGAUUCUGGAUGCACUUCCCGCUGUUGGCACACAUGUAGCUUUGAGAUUCAUCAAGGAGAAGUUCCAAGCUGAUGAGUUUACCAUUCCUGAACUGACCCAGGUCCUUUUGGUUGGUUUGCACAUGUUCACUGCUAAUCAAGAUACCAUCCACAUGACAGCUAAUCUGGCACAGCACCCCAAAAUGAAGGCAAUUCCAGUACUGCGUGAGAUGAUCGUCCUUGGCCAUGGUUCACUGAUUGCCAAACACUGCGCUGAAGAUACAGCAUGCUCUGCUGAUCUCUUGAAGUCAGCCCAUGAGAUUGCUGCUGAGGCCAUUUCCAAGACUGACAUUCCAGAAAUCAUACUAGCUGUUAAGGCUCUGGGCAAUGCUGGUCACCCUGCUAGCCUUAAAACCAUCAUGAAACUUUUGCCCGGAUUUGGAAAUGCUGCUGCCUCUCUUCCCAUGAGAGUCCAAGUCGAAGCCAUCCUGGCCCUCAGGAACAUCGCCAAGAAGGAGCCAAAGAUGGUUCAGCCAGUGGCACUUCAGCUUUUAAUGGAUAAGCAUCUUCAUCCUGAGCUGCGAAUGGUUGCCUGCAUUUUGCUGUUUGAGACCAGGCCAUCAGUGGCUCUUCUGUCCACUCUGGCUGGUGCUGUGGAGAAGGAGCAAAACAUGCAUGUUGCCAGCUUUGCUUAUUCCUACAUGAAAUCUCUGACGAGAAGCAUGGCCCCUGAUUGGAUGCAUGUGGCUGCUGCAGCUAAUGUUGCCAUCAGAAUGUUGAGCCCCAAGAUGGACAGAUUAAGCUCUCUUUUAAGCCAAGCUGUUCAUUUAGAUCUCUAUAUCUCUCCUUUUAUGGCUGGUGCUGCCGGUAGUGCUUUUAUGAUCAAUGAUGCUGCUACUAUUAUCCCCAGAGCUUUUAUGGCUAAAGCACGUGCCUACCUGGCUGGAGCUGCUGCUGAUGUUCUUGAGGUUGGUGUGCGAACCGAGGGACUUCAGGAAGCUCUUUUGAAAUCUCCUGCUGCCGAGCAAAAUAUUGAUCGUGCUACCAAGAUCGAGCGUACCCUUAGAGCACUAAUGAACUGGAAGGAUCUGCCAAACAAUCAACCUCUGGCUUCCAUCUUUGUCAAAGUUCUUGGACAGGAAAUUGCUUUUGCCAACAUUAACAAAAACUUUAUUAACCGAGUCAUCAUCGAACAGACCGGACCACGUGCCCGUGAACUGUUGAAGGAAGCUAUUAAAGCAUUGCAGGCUGGCAUUGCCAUCCAGUACACCAAACCUCUUCUGGUAGCUGAGGUUCGCCGCAUUGUUCCUAGUUCUGUCGGUGUCCCAAUUGAGCUUGCUCAUUACACUGCUGCUGUUGCUGCUGCAGAUAUUAAUGUACAGGCAGCGAUUACACCAGCCCUACCCGAACACCUUGAGUCUGUCACUUUAGAUCAGUUGAGGAAGAGUGAUGUCCAGUUUCAUGCUGAAGCCAGACCAAGUGUUGCCAUGCAGACGUUUGCAGUGAUUGGAGUGAACACUGCCCUAAUCCAGGCUGCUGUUAUGGCCACUGGAUACGUCCACUCUGUCAUACCAGGAAAAGUGUCUUUAAGAGCUAAUCUUCCUCAAGGCAAUGUCAAGCUUGAGGUUCAGCCUGUAGCUGUUCCAGACCAUGUCGCUCGUGUCAACUUUGAGACUGUUGCUGUGGUCAGAAACAUUGAGGACCUUCCUAACGAGAGAGUGGUAUCUCUGGCACCUCCAAUGCCCUCUGAUGCUGAACAGGGGUUAAUCCCUGCAUCAGUUCAGAAAACCCUAUGUGCUGUUUGUCCAUAUCUGAACUGUAAAAUCUGCAUUGAGAUCAACUCUCGCAGUGCUGGCUUCCUGGGCUUAAAUCCUCUGUAUCAUGCUAUUGGACGACACUUGGCUCGUAUUUUUGUGGCACAAGGUGACGGCCCUACCUUCGAAAGACUUGAGUUUGAGAUUCUAGUUGGUCCAAAAGCAGCUGAGAAGCUUAUUAAAGAAAGCACCGUUGCUGGCACUGAAACCGUAGAAGACAAUCCCAUUGUCUUAAAACUGAGGAAGAUCAUCGAGACUGGACUGAGAAACAUAACCUCCAAGUCAGCCAGUUCCUCCUCCUCCAGUAGAAGCAGCAGAAGUGCCAGCAGCAAGAGUGCCAGCAGCAAGAGUGCCAGUAGCAAGAGCUCCAGCAGCAAGAGUGCCAGCAGCAGUAGAAGCAGUAGAAGUUCCAGCAGUUCUAGAAGUUCUUCUUCCAGUAUUCGCAAGAACAAGGAAACUAAGACAUAUGGUUUUUUUAAGAAGUUCCACAAAGAUCAGUAUUUGGCAGCACAGGUGAUGUUAAAGGCCAGCAGUGCAUCUAGCAUUGAAACCCUUCAGAGACAGGCCAAGUUACUCGCAGAUUCAGUCCCCCCUGCUUUUGCCAUUAUUGCCCGUGUUGUUAGAACCGACCGCAAGCUAGGAUACCAAUUAGCUGCUUACUUGGAUAAGCCAAAUGCAAGAAUACAACUUGUCCUCACAUCUAUUGCUGACAAAUGGAAACUAUGUGCUGAUGCUGUACUACCAAGCAAGCAUAAAGUUUCUGCCAAGAUUGCUUAUGGUCCACAAUGCCAGGAAUACUCUGCAACUGUUAAGGCGGAGGCUGGUUUGCACGAGUCACAACCUGCAGCCCAUUUCGAAUUAGGUUGGAACAGAGUACCAAGAAUUCUGACUGAUGUUACUCCCUAUCUUAGGAGGGUCGCUGAGUACAUCCCUAAAGUCGCCCCCUUGGCUGGAAUUAAUGCUGACAGAGCUGAAAACACUGAACAACAGAUUGACGUCAUUCUGGCUCUACCGACUCAGCAAACUUUGAACAUUAUCAUGAAGGUUCCAAAGCUGACACUGGCAAAGAUGGCUGUGCCUCUUCCUGUUGACCUGCCCAUUGAAAAAGAUGGAAGUAUUCCAGCUUUACAGAAUUUGGAAAAUAAUGCCAUUGUGCAGAAAUGGAUAAAUAUUAUUCAAAAAAUCAUUAAUGAUAUGUGAAUGAAAUAAAUUACACG